AUGAGCGCUCCUGAACUCCCCCGCUCUCUCAAGGAGAGCGUCGAGGCCACCAAGGUCUCCUAUGCCCAACUAGGAUCGUCCGGACUCCGGGUCUCAGUCCCCAUCCUAGGUGGCAUGUCCUUCGGGCACAAGGACUGGCGGCCCUGGGUGGUCGACAACGAGGAAGAAGUCGAGAAGCUGCUCAAGGGGGCCUAUGACCGGGGCCUGAACACCUGGGAUACGGCCAAUAUGUACUCAGCCGGUGUCAGCGAGGAGAUGAUUGGCCGCGUGAUCAAGAAAUACAACAUCCCACGGCAUAAACUGGUCCUCCUGACGAAAUGCUAUUUUGUGGUUGGAGAAGAACCGAGUGUCAGGGAGGCGGACUUUCCGACCGAAAUCCGCAACAGCAAGGACUAUGUCAACCAGAGGGGCCUGUCAAGAGCGGCCAUUUUUAAUGCUGUCGAGGCGUCAUUGAAGCGCUUGCAGACGGACUACAUUGAUGUUCUUCAGAUUCACCGAUACGACUACACCGUCCCGCCAGAGGAGACGAUGAAAGCUCUCCACGACCUAGUUCAGUCCGGCAAGGUGCGCUACAUCGGGGCGAGCUCGAUGUGGACAUACCAAUUCGCCCGCCUGCAGCACAUAGCCGAAAAGAACGGCUGGACCAAGUUCAUCAGCAUGCAGAACCACUACUCGCUGCUGUACCGCGAGGAGGAGCGCGAGAUGAACCGGUACUGCCGCGAGACUGGCGUGGGUCUGAUCCCUUGGGGGCCGCUGUACAGCGGUGUGCUCGCACGACCACUCGACCAGCAGGGGCAGACGACGCGGUCUAGCACCUCGCCCAGGGAGCUGACUGAGGCGGACAAGGUGAUCGUCCAGCGCGUCCAGGAGCUGGCAGAGAAGAAAGGCUGGAAGAUGAGCCAGGUGGCGCUGGCCUGGAUCAUUCAGAAGGGGACCAUCCCCAUUGUUGGCUUCAGCAAUCUCGACCGGCUGGAUGAAGCUGUUGCCGUGCGUGGCAAGACGCUGACGGACGAGGAGGUCAAUUUAAUGACAACCGCGUCGGGGGUUUUGACAGAGUCAAAUAUGCCGCGUGAAGUCGACGAAGAUCGGGAUGAUGGACGACAGGCAGACAACGUUUGGAAAAUUGGAUUCAGAUUGAAGAAUUAUGUGUGGUGA